AUGAUAUUUACUAAUGCAAAUAACAUUAUGCUUAAACUACUAACUAUUACCCUGUUGUUAACUGCGACCUGGAUCACCAUUACAUGGGCAGCAAACCCUAUCGACCGGCACCGGGAGGGUCCCAAUGGUCAGGCCCUAUACGUACACGCCGUAAUUCGCCCAGGUGAUAUUGGCACGGGGCAGGAUACCAGCAAAAACAAGACAAUGGCCGCACUGGUAAGGGCUAUGGGCCGGGGCUCAUGGGGUGGCGACGAUUGUGGCCAUGUGGUGGCCUCGGUGUUGGGCGGGCCCAUGAAGCUGUAUAAUCUAUUUCCCCAGAAUUUGAGCAAAAAUCGGGGUGAAUUUAAGUCGACCGUCGAGGCUCAUGUGCAAAAGUUUUUGCAAAAAUUCAACAAGCUCAAUGAUUACGUGGAUUACGAGAUUAGCUUGGUGUACGCUCGGCCGGAAGAUACUCGACCUACUGGGUUGAAGUUUAGGGCAAAGUUUUAUAAAGGUGGUAAAUUGGCCAGUUCCUUUAAGAGUUGCAAAAUGUGCUCAAAGUAUUUGUUGGACUCAAUGGAUAGGUUUGGCGACGAUUUGUGUGAAGUAUUGUUGAGUUAUCUGUCAUUUGAGGACCGAUUCCGGUUUGGCGACGAUUUGUGUGAAGUAUUGUUGAGUUAUCUGUCAUUUGAGGACCGAUUCCGGUGUGAAUGUGUGUCCACUCAAUGGCAACGAUUGGCAUUCAAUACACAAAAUCAUAUAUCAAUCGGUUAUGAAAACGCAUUCCAGUCAUUAGUUGAGGUUAAGAAUAGUGCGAUAUUUGAAACAAUUGUGAAGAAAUUACAAAACAUAAAAAGUCUGGAAAUAGGAGACGACGGAUGGGAUGAAUUAUUACGGAAUACUAUACCGAUGAUCCAAAUUAUGAUCUUUACUACAAACAAUAUGUGA